UGGGCAAAGCUACCAUGCGUUCCGGGAGCCGUGGGCGGUCCCGGCUACGGCUCGGGGAGCGCGGCCUCUUGGAGCCCCCCUCGCCGCCCAAGCGCCGCCUACUACCGCGGGCGCAGCUGUUGCCCCUGCUGCUGCUGGCGCUGGCCGUGGGCUCGGCGCUCUACACCAUCUGGAGCGGCUGGCAUCGGGGUACCGAGGAGCUGCCGGUAGGCCGGGAGCUGCGGGCCCCGGUGAUCGGAAGCCUCUCGGAAGCCCAGCUGCGGAGGGUGAUCGGGCAACUGGACCCGCAGCGUCUCUGGAGCAAUUAUCUGCGCCCCUUGCUGGUGGUGCGGACUCCGGGCAGUCCCGGCAGUCUCCAAGUCCGAAAGUUUCUGGAGGCCACACUGCGGACACUGACAGCCGGCUGGCACGUGGAGCUGGACCCCUUCACAGCCUCGACGCCCCUGGGGCUACUGAACUUUGGCAACGUGGUGGCCACACUGGACCGGGGGGCUGCCCGCCAUCUCACUCUCGCCUGCCAUUAUGACUCCAAGUUCUUCCCACCCAGCUCAGCUCCCUUCGUGGGAGCCACAGAUUCGGCUGUGCCCUGUGCCCUUUUGCUGGAGCUGGCCCAGGCCCUUGACCUGGAACUGAGCAGGGCCAAGGAGCAGGCAGCCCCAGUGACCCUGCAGCUGCUCUUCUUGGAUGGCGAAGAGGCGCUGAAGGAGUGGGGACCCAACGACUCCCUUUAUGGCUCCCGGCACCUGGCCCAGGUCAUGGAGUCUGCCCCCCACAGUCCUGGCCCCACCAGGAUCCAGGCUAUUGAGCUCUUGGUGCUUCUCGAUCUCCUGGGAGCCCCCCACCCAACCUUCUACAGUCACUUCCCGCGCACGGCCCGCUGGUUCCAUCGGCUGCGGAGUAUCGAGAAGCGUUUGCACCGUUUGAAUCUGCUGCAGGCUCAUCCCCAGGAAGUGAUGUACUUCCAGCCCGGGGAGCCCCCUGGAUCUGUGGAAGAUGACCAUGUCCCCUUCCUCCGCCGAGGGGUUCCGGUGCUCCACCUCAUCUCCACACCCUUCCCCUCUGUCUGGCACACGCCUGCCGACACUGAGGCCAACCUUCACCCUCCCACGGUACACAACCUGAGCCGCAUCCUCGCUGUCUUCUUGGCUGAAUACCUGGGGCUCUAGCCUGCCGAGCUGAUCCCCGAUGGGGAGACUUCACUCUGAGGGAGAAGUGCCCAGCAGGGGACAUGCCAAGAGCACCUGGAGCCUGCGGAUCUCAGACUAGGCACGCCUCGGAUGUGCUGGUUUAUCCUCUGUGACACCUUUGGCUCCUCCUUGUGCUAUGACUGGAAGAUCCUCUUUCCGCCGACCCUCUCGAGCCACCUCCCUUCAAAGACUUGGAAGAGACCACCAUGGUGGCAAGGACCAUAGGAGUAAGCUUGGCCCCUGCCCUGAGGGAAACGCUUGGUCUGAAGGUUGACAAGGCUGAAUGCUCUUCUCAUUUGUGGACUGGCGUCUCAGCAACACCUUCUGACUAAAUUUAUCAGCUCCUUCUCCAGGAUGCCAGCCUUGGUGCUGCAUGGUCCAAACCUACCUCCAUGUGAAUACACCACAUGGGGCCCACAGAGCAUGUGCUUGUAAGCAGGGAACAGAGAUGGAAGCCAAUAUUUGGGAAAACCAGAUUCUGCCACACCCAAUGGGCAAGAAAACAGCGUUUCUGCAAAACAUGUUCUGCAGAACUAGCGUAAAUAUGUGUUGCAAUAAAAAAAGGGGACCAGAGAUCAAGGAAGUGGGGUGAGAUGUUAAACAAGUUUCCUCACUGUAGUGUCAGUUUUCAAGAGUAGGACAGAAAACAGGGAGUCGCCUGGUGGUGGAAUGGUUAAGCGCUCGGCUUCUAAUCAACAAGGUUGGCAGUUCAAACCCACCCAGCGGCUGCAUGGGAAAAAGACUUGGUCUGCUUCAUAAAGAUUACAGUCUAGAAAACCCUGUGGGGCAGGCUACUCUGUCAUAUGGGGUUGCUAAGAGUUGAAAUCAACUUGAUGACUCCCAACAACAGAACAGUGUUUCCCUAAAAUAUUUGACCAUGGAACCUCUCUACCUGGAAGCACCUCACAGAACUAGGGCACCUCGGAAUAUACUAGGGGAAAUGAGGGUUUUGGAAGUUAGAGAACAUUUAUGAGAGGAAAGGUAUACUAGACCUAGAUUCACUGCAAACUAGUUCUGCCAAAAGUUCCUUUCCCUUUCAUCUGUGGGUACAGGAGUGCGCAAUGAUGGGUGUCACUACAACUCUAGUGAUGGCCUGAGGAAGUGUUUCCCCACCCUAAUUAUCAGACUCAGCUAAGCUGCCUACUGGAAAAUGCAGACUCUCAGGCCCCACCCCAGACCUAUCCAAUCAGAACUCCAGGGAGGAGCUGGGACCCUGUAACAAGCACUUGAAGGAGUCACAUGAUCAGCAAAGUUUGGAACAUGACAUCCUUAAGGAUACAGUAUGCUGUGUUCACAGCUGUUUAGCACAUGUUCUCAAAAGCGCUCUCUAGAAGGAAAGCCCCAUGGGCUCUGCACCUGCUGGUUUUGUGAUUUCCAUGGGGACUGGGUGGGCAGCAGGGCUGCCAGGAUGGAGGGUUAUUCAACAGGGAAGGUGAGCAUCGGCCUUCCAGCCAACUAAAGGCCGGAGGAGACUCAAAAGAAAGCUCGAGGAUAUCAAAUGAGAGCGGAUAAAGAAAAGGUCCUCAAUUCAGCUUCUCCCACAAUAAAAUCCAAACCAAACCUGCUGCCGUCAUAUUGAUUCCAGCUCAUGGCAACCCUGUGUGUUACAGAGAAGAACUGCUCCAUAGGAUUUUCCCGGCUGUAAUUUUUACAGAAGCAGAUUGCCAGGGCUUUCUUCCAUGGCACCACUGGGUGGGUUGGAACCACCAACCUUUAGGUUACUAGUCAAGUGCAAACCAUUUGCACCACACAGUAGCUUACAUUUACUAGGUUCCUACUAUAUGGCAGGCACUAUGAGCGCUUUAUAUAUAUCAACUCAUUGGUAAUCUCCCCCCACAUCCUGAGGUAGGCACAAUUGCAGUUCUCACUGCAGAUGAGGUGGCUGAGGCUGAGAAUUGUGAAGAAUCAGUCACUGACAGAACCUAGGCUCACCGCCAACUGUUAACCCCUUGUCUUGCCUCCCUUCCAAAAAAUGACCUGUGCUGGAGUAAGUUUGCUGACAUUUUAAUUGGCUGUAAGGCAGAGUGGGGUUGAGCUGGGGGCUGGGGGGACAUUAAUAGGUUCUGAGAGGUGGAAUUGACAGAUGUCCAGAGUUCAGAAAGGGAAGCUGACAGUGACAUCACCAGCCAGGGUGGUGAGGGGGGUCCAAAAACCACAGGGUUGGUACUAACGUUUGUUGUUCAUUUGUGUGGCAGAUGAUGGGGCCCAGUGCUUAAAACACGCUAUCUCACCUCUGCCUCAUGGAGAGAGUUGGUUGUGAUUCACAGUGACCCUAUGCACAACAGAACAAAACACUGCCCAGUCCUGUGCCAUCUUCACAAUUGUUGUUAUGCUUGAGCCCACUGUUGCAGCCACUGUGUCAAUCCAUCUGGU